AUGUCAAUCAAAGAAAGACAACCCAAGCCACUUCGCCGGAUCAUAACAGCUCACGAUGCUUCAAGUGGUCGAACCAUCUUCAGCGAUGCGGUUGGGGAGAACGUAUCGUUUACUGGGUUCCCGGUCCCCCCCGGCAAGCCCACAACAUCCGACUAUGCUCUAGCCUAUAACACAAGUACAUUUCCUGUACAAGGGCUUUCCCCUCCGAAUUCUGCAACCCCAGAGUCGAAAGCCAAUCUCGACAUCAAGCACUAUCAAUCCCAUCUCUCGAAUCCAACGCCUUUGAAUCCGCCAAGCGGUACGUCCUGUACAAUUAUUGAGGUUCCUCCAGGUUCAAUUGUCCCGAUGCACCGAACGGCGACCCUCGACUAUGGUGUCAUAAUUGAUGGCAGCACAGAAUUGAUCCUUGAUUCUGGUGAGAAAAAAUUGAUGGCCAAGGGUGAUGUUUUUGUUCAACGGGGUACAGCUCAUUCUUGGCGGAAUGUGACUACAAAGAAUGACAAUUCUGGUAUUUUACGUGUCUUCUUCGUGUUCCAGCCUAUCGAGCCGGUGAAACUGGACGGUGGAAAGGUCGUCGGUCAGGACUUGACUUUGUCUCUACAUUAA